AUGAGCAGUAGUAGCGAUCUAAUGCAAUUGCAAAAACCUCUGCUGUCACGUGCAAUUUCUGGCCGCUUUCGAGUCUUUGCUCUUAGAAACAUGAAUCUCGAGUCGUCCAACUUGAUGUUUGCAGUAGACUACACGACAGCAAACUUGACUUGUGGUGAAAAGAGCUUUGAUGGCAAGGGUUUGCACUCGUUAGACCCCAUUGGGAAAAUUGUCAACCCGUAUGAGGAAGUAUUGUCUCGACUUGGCCGCGUGUUGGCUGAGUUUGACGACGAUCGCAGUAUCCAGAUCUGGGGCUUUGGUGAUGCAAAGACAUUGGACGAUGCAGUCUUCAGCUUUACACCAGAACAUCCGAUGGAUGGAGGAUGCAAGAGUUUCAACGAGAUUUGGCAAUGCUAUCAUGAGUUGACGCCAACGAUAGCGCUAGGCAAUGACUUGACCGACGACCACUUGGCUGAUACUACUCAAGAAAUUGUAGAUGCAUCGAUGUUACCGCUAUCGAUUAUUGUGAUUGGAAUGCCUUGGGAUAAUCUAAACGCGCUAGAUCAUGACCUUCCUCAGCAACAGUUUGAUAACUUUAACUUUGUCAGUUUUGAGAAGAUACACCAUGUGGCUACAGAGGAACAGAAGGCAUUUGUGCAUCGUAAUCAAGAUGACGAUGCUAAACCAGUGGCAGGGCCAUUUCAAAAAGGCGAUGGCGGAUUGCCACUGGAACGAAAGCUUCAAUAUGCUCAACGUUUUUCAUUUGCGCAAUCAUCACUAGUGAAUGUAUGGGUAAAGCACAAGAAUGCGACGACUUGUUCACUUGAUCUAUUACAAGCCAUUCAAGAACAAUUUCGAGUGUUAUUAGAUGCUCAACAUUGUGUCCUUAGUUUCGAACUUGUGACAACAUCAUCGGUCUUGAAUGGUUUCGUUUCAGUGCUUGAAUUCAAUGGACGAGACAUACGACAAGUUGUAGAACAAAUUUCAGGCUCAACACGUGCGAGACAACAAGCUCGUUGUGAACACCAUUGUCUCGUCUUUUUAUCAACUGCCCAAGCAUGUGCUGAGGCUUGUAUUGAGCCUUUGGAUGGCUGUAAUGAUCCCGUUCAGUCCUAUCUGUGUAUGCCACUCGUUGACUGUAGUGAGCAGAUUCAAGCUGUGGUCGAAGUAUUCAACUCACGUCAUGAUGCGAAGGACAUUAUGACAUGGAUUGGAAGUUUGGAAAUGGAAAGUUUGCUUGCUUAUUGCUCGCUUUCAGCGACGAGUCAACUGCUGCGAGCUUUUUGUGGUUUUGUCGGGGCACUGCUACGAGCUGCUUCACCGAUUAAGAAUCUAGUGAACAAUGUUAGUCAUGGCGAUAUCGUGGACCCAGUUGCAAGCAAAUAUUGCCGAUCAGGUGAUCGAUUGAAUAUGUCAGAGGAGGCGCCGCUGCAGUUGUUAGACUCUUUACAAAGAGCUCUUGAUGUUGACGGAUGGAUAGUUUACGCGCUCGACCAUGAAGCUGAUAUUCUAUGGGCCUGCUUUACUAGCGCUAAGCUUGGGACAAAAGUGGCAACGGUACAAAUGGGUCAAGGAAUUAUCGGAAGGGCUGCGUUGACAGCAGAAGCUUUAUUUGAUGGAAGUGUUCUUUGCAUCCCAGUAUUUGACCACAGCAGAAAUCACCAAGUCAUCAGUGUCGUUGUAUUCUAUGGGUCUCGAGGCGUAAAGUGUGAUAACGGUGGAACGUUUAGGCAGUGCGACGUGGAACUAUGUAAUGUUGUCUGUGGUCGCCUUGAAAGCUUUUUGCAACGCCUAGCACUUGAAGAUGCGGCAAACAAAGCGCAAGACAAAGCGGAAGCUUUGCUCGAGCUUUCCGAUUUAUUGUUUUAUGAACUUGAGCAGUCUCCAAAACCGACUGCAAUGAUUUUGGCAGCAGCACGGGCAAUUGUUCAGAAAUCGUGGUUUCAUGUUACCGAGUGUAACGUAUAUUUGAGAGAUCCGCUGACACGUGAACUUUGUUCACCUGGCAACGCAACCCAAGGUGAGCUCCGUGUUCCUCUAUUGCAGGGAAGCAAAUGUGCUAUGGUUGCAGCACGUACUGGAAACGUAGUAAAUGUGGGAGAUACAAAAGCAGGUUCACUUUCUCACGUGAAACACCCGAAAGCAGUUUUAGCCGUACCCGUCAAGGAUCCCGUUUCUGGAGUUGUGCUGGCAGUGCUGGAAUUACGAGACAAGCAUAUGACGAACUCACAAGGGGACUUGCAAGUUGCUGAUACUGCUUGCAGUCUUGGCAAACCCUACUUUGAUCAUCAUGAUGAAGAUUUUGCGAAAGGAAUCGCGCGGCAGGUCGCGUCUGCAUUGCGGAACAUUCAGCGUGUGGAUGCAGCACGAAUAGCUCAAAGAAAAAGUGCUGCGUUGCUCUCGUUGCGCCUUCCUGUAGCCACUGGCACUAUGCCCGGAGAACAGGCUGGAGCAAUGUUUUCUUUCGUUGAGGCAGCGGCAUGCAAAGCGCUGAAAGCUUCGCAUGGUGCUCUCUUUUUGGUUGAUCCGCCAAGCCGUUCACUAUUUGCCCGUCUGGGUGCCGACUGGCGAGGGUAUGCGCUUGCAAUCGGUCAGAAGCUGCAAGGUCGUGUUGCUGCCACUGGGGCAGCAGUGCGUCUAGUUCGUGAGGCUCGUGUCCACCCCGAUUUUGACAGUGAUUAUGAUCGCUUAAUGGGCAUGGAGACGUCAAGUCUAUUGUGCGUUCCAAUCGAGGCACAGCCGUCGAUGUCAACAUCUUUGUCAUCAAACGCGCUAUGUACCUCCUCAGGAACUUCUGGUCGCUCUGGUCACCGUUGCAGCAGCUUUAGUACGAGCAGUAGCACCGAUGAUGACAGUGACGAUCGACGAAUUAUUGGUGUCUUCUAUGCUGUUAACAAGAUCAAUAGCAGCGGUGACACCGAAGGCUUUGACGCGGAAGACGAGCAAAUUCUGCGAGCAAUUUGUGAUGAACUCUCUGCUCUUGUGGAACGUCGUGCCUGGGAAAUUGUGUUUGAGUCGCCGUCGUACGAGGAUAGCGAAAGCAGUGAUAGUGAAACGGAGGGACACGUGACGCGGACGUUUUUGUCGCAGUAUACCACAGCAUCGCCUGUGCGGCGUCGACGACGACCUCGCUCUCGUCUUCCAUCUGUUGUCAACGACUACGAUCAUGCUGCAGCAAUUGUUGCUGCCACAUCAUACCACGAGGGCUGCUUUCUGGGUAGCACUAGCGGAUCUGGGAUGCUGUCUUCACUUCGAGGCAGCAUCGGCCUCCCCACCGGACACGGCAUUGAAGGUCCCGUCUUACAAUGGGACCUGGACCCAUGGCAAUAUUCGCCGGCACAGCUUAUUGACCUCGCCGUGAAUAUGUUCGAGCUGCAUGGACUGAUGGACGGAUUUGCUCUGCCCGAGGCCACAUUGCGUCGCUUCCUGCGCAGCGUGCAAGCCCAAUAUCUUGAUGUGCCGUAUCACAACACGUACCAUGCGUUCGCGACACUACACAUGACAUUUUUGAUGCUUAGUGCGCAAAGCAAAAAGCUUGCUCCUUCCUUAAUUCCUGCAUCCAUUGCGCUGGGAGUGAGUCCGACGACGAAAGCUCAAGCCGUUGUAAGAAGUCAGCAGAAGCGGUGUGGCCAAUUGAUUCUCGCUCCACGCGAGCGACUGGCACUUUUUGUGGCAGCUUUUUGUCAUGACAUGGGCCACGACGCCCGCACCAACGACUUUCACGUAAGAUGCAACUCACGACUUGCUCGUCGUUACAAUGAUCACUCCGUUUUAGAGAACAUGCAUGCUGCUGCGUGCUUCGAGACGAUGCGAAGACCCGGCCACGAUGUUCUUGCUGGUCUUGAGGAUGGCUCGAGUGAUACUGCUGGCAGCCGUCGCAUUGUCCGCAAGCGUAUUAUCCGUUCGAUUCUUGCCACGGAUAUGCACCGACACGCGAGCAUUGUGGCCAGGCUGCAUGAAGCGCAAGUUCGUGGAAGCCGUAAUGACGAUGGCGCGUUGCGUGAGCUGCUCGUGGACGCCGUAAUUCACUCGGCAGAUGUCUCUGGUCCAACUCAAAGUUGUGAGCAGCACUUUCGCUGGACAACGAGGUUGCUCGAAGAGUUCAAUGAGCAACAUGCCGAGGAAGUUGAAUUAGGUAUAUCUGCAACAACUUUCAUGGAUGGUCGGCCGGACUCGGCUGAAUUUGCACGAGUAAACCUGGCUUUUGUUGACUCAUGUGCGUUCCCUCUGUGGCGAGCACUUGGAGGAAUGCUAGCCGGGUUGGAAGGUUGUCUUGCGAAUGUCGAGCGAAACCGUGCAAUGUGGGCUACUAAGCUGGAAGAGGCAACAAGGUUCGAAGACAACGAACAUGUCGACAAAAUUCCAGCCAACCAUUUUGCCUUUACGAAAGAAGUUAGCCCUGAGAGGUUAAGAAUUACCAUCAAAAGUGCGAGCACGACGGAAACCGCGGCUGAUCCUCAAUGCCAAAAAGCUGUGCACCCCGCAGAUAUUGCUCGUCAACAGACAACGUCGGAAGCAGAAAGUAGCGACAAGAAGAUGCAUGCAGAAGUGGUCACUUCUCCAAAAGUAUUGUUGAACAAGGACAACAAACCCUUCCUGCAAAAAGAGGACGAACCCAUGGACAGUCCGCAGGAAAAUGCAAAGACAAAGCUUGAACUACAUCAGAGCAAGGAAGCUUAG